AUGCUCUCACUCAGCAUGGCCGUGGCCCAGGAGCCGCCGUCGACGACAACAACCGGCCCGCCUUUUCCAGGCGUGCUGCCCACGGUCACGCCGCAGUCCGGCUGCCCUGCCGUCACGGAAACGGGCCUCCUCUGCUCGACCUGCGUGGUCCCGGCGUGCAUCGAGUUCUCGACGGUGACGCAGGUCUGCGGCUGCCCGACGCCCGUCGCGACGGUCUACCUCAACUGGCCCUGCGGCGGGGAGGAGGCGUGCGCCGGGGCGGGCUGCACGACUGCUUUCCAGGUGGAGGCGCUGUCGGGGCCGUGCGCGUCGACGACGACGGGAGACGAAGGCGGCGGCUCGGCGCCAGACACGACGACGGCGUCUGUGCCGGUGACGACGAGUGCGCCCGAGGCAUCCACGCCUGGAGGCACGUCAGGGUCGGAGACGACGGGGUUCACAACGCCGCGGCCGAGCUCGAAUGGCACGGUGCCGGGGCCGUCGUCUAGCGGGCCGACGUCGGUGGCGGAGAAUGCGGCGGGACGGAUGAGGGUGCCCUUGUUGGGAUGGUGGUGA